UCGAUUCUUCGUUGUUCGCUCGCGGAAUCGCGGAUCACCGGUUGACUUGAUAACACACAGUCGUGGUAUCGUAUAUGCACCGCGAAUCACUGAAGCGGCUUUUUCAACUCCUUUCUUUCGGUGAACGUUCAAUUAACUCUUGAUUAACAUACCUGUAACAAAUGAGUGCUGAAUGGUCCGAUGAUCGGUGUAUUUUUGAUGAUCUAGACUUGAUGAAUUUGUUUAUGUGCUGCGCGUUGUGAUACUUUUUUCUUUGGACUACUUUUGCGAAUUAUGUGCUGCAGGCACUAGGACACUAGCUGUUUGUUAUUGUUAUGUGUUUAGUAAGAAUGAGCAUCGGUGUGUUCGUUCUUCCACUUCUACUCUUCUAUACACUGUUUUCCUCGACAAAUGGCCAUGGAAGAUUGAUAGAACCUCCCAGCAGAGCUUCAGCUUGGAGAUAUGGUUUUGAUACUCCCCACAACUACAACGACCAUGAGUUAUUCUGCGGGGGAUUUACUCGACAAUGGGUGAAGAAUGAAGGGAAAUGUGGAGUAUGUGGUGAUCCAUGGGAUGCCAAACUACCACGAGCACAUGAACUAGGAGGCACCUACGGAAAAGGUGUCAUCGUACGAAAAUAUUCUCCAGGUAGUAAAAUAACCAUUCGAGUAGAAAUCACGGCGAACCAUUGGGGGUACUUUGAAUUUGCCAUUUGUCCAAACUACAAGACCCCAACGCAAGAGUGCCUGGAUCAAAAUAUAUUGACUCUUGUACGGCCGCAGGAAAACGUUGAACAUAAAGGAGUUAGAUACUUUCCAAAAGAAGGAAAUAAGGUGUACGAAAUGAAGUAUAAAUUGCCAAAGAAGUCAUGCGAGCAUUGUGUUUUACAAUGGAGGUAUAUUGCAGGUAAUAACUGGGGAGUGUGCACCAACGGUACAGGCGCUGUAGGAUGUGGACCCCAAGAAGAAUUUCGGGCAUGCGCUGAUAUCACAAUAGCAGGCAAAGCAGAAGAACCAUUGGUACCAGAAAUCGAAGAACCCUCCACCACCACAACGCAAGCAACACCGUCCAGUACCAUCUUCGUUCCAACACUGCCAACGCCAGAAGAAUCAUACAACCCAUUGUCAGCUUUACUCAUUUCCUUCGUUUCUUUUUUAAUAGCAUUUUCGAUUUUGUUCCUUAUUUAUUUACAUUUCUACCACAUUGGUAGCCAGAUUAAGAACUGGAUCAAGAGGCCAAAGGAAAAGGCCAGUUUGACUGAGAUUCCUCAAGCUCCUCGUCCUCCUCCAAGAACUAAAAGAGCGACUAGUCCUACUAGGAGAGCCAGUACUGAUGGUAUGCAAGAGAUAGACUUGAGAAGUGAGAGCUUAGCAUAGCAAUGAAUUUGUUUAAAAUAGUUGGAUUUUUAUGUUUGUUUUAUAUUUUAAGAUCAAGAAAGUCAAAUAGAAAUCUUUAGUUCAUACAAAUUUUACAAUCAGGAUAGAAUUUACAAAAUAGAGUUUAUUUAGACGAGUCCUUAGGCCCUGUUCACAUGACACGAGCUUAACGCACGAUUUGAUAACGCGCGAUUACAACUACAUACAUUUUACAUGCAUUUUACGAACAGCAUAAAUAAAAUGUAUGUAGAUGUAAUCGCCCGUUAUCAAAAAACAGGUUAAAUACUUGUCAUGUGAACGGGGUCUUACAACGAGGUAAGAGUGAUAAACUUCCUUGAUAACUUCUGUUGUUUUGUUCGUACUUUGCUAUCGUUAUCACCAAGAAUGUAAUAAACUAUAUUAUGACUA